AUGAAUUACUCUACACUAGCCUUCUUUUUCGUCAUAUUUACAUGUGCAUAUUGUCGUCAUAUUGGUGAAAUAUUAUGCAGACAAUGCGGAGAGUUCAUUACUCGCCAAUCAGAGCUCAUCAAUGCCACCGGAGUCAACGAAAGUUUCCUCAAGUACAAGUAUGAUUUUCCUUUGGUUGGGAAAAACACAACUGUACACGUGUUGAAGAAUCCGGCAGGUCAAUCGUUCCACGUCUUCGGUGCAAAAACAGCGCACUUGAAAUUUCACGGACCGGCGCAAAGCGAUGCAACAUGGUUUCCUGGAAUGCACUGGACGAUCUGCGUCUGCAAGGCGUGCGGAAAACACAUGGGAUGGUAUUUCCAACCCGAAUUAUCGUCUAAGCGCAGUGACAAAAGGGAAAGCUUUGUCGGAAUUGUUCUUGAUAACGUCAUAUCGUCAGAUUAUACUGAUGGGCUUGUAAAAACCCCGCUGUGA